CUUGAUAUCAUUAACAACAUCUUUGUUAGUAACCUGGCCAACCCACCUUUGUGCAAGAAUCAUCCUCCAAUGGCAGGAGCCAUUUACUGGGCACGAUCCCUUUUCUACCGCAUCAAGCACACGAUCGUUCGGUUUCAAGAAGUGGAAGAACUGCUGGCCAGUGAGCGUGGAAAAGAGGUGAAACAAAAAUACCUUGAAGUGGCAAAGAGGAUGAAAGAGUAUGAGGAUAUGAAAUACGACCAGUGGAGAGAAAACACAGAAGACAGGCUUCCUGUCUUACUGAAAAAAACUCUCCUUGCCAAAGUUCAUCCCUCUGGAGCUAUUAUUCAGGCUAACUUGGAGACCACAGAGCAGAACCCGCGUUCCGAAGAGGUGGACGCCGGAGAGAAAAGCACGCAAUUCACGGUCAACUUUUCUCCCAAACUUCGAGAGAUCAUCAAUGAAACAAAAUACAUGGAGCACCUGGGGUUUCCUGUGCCUGAAAUAGGGAGGAAUGUGGCUCUACAGGAGGACAAAUUGCUCAG